ACGACACACCAACGGCAAUGGCGCAGCAAGCGAGCUCCCCGGCCUGCCCGACGACUGCUACUACUACUACUACAUGGACAGAGCUCACCAACACGAGCUGGAGGGACGACGACUACAGGCGGAUGGUGAUGGCGUACCUGAUCGAGGCGGUGUACCUGCUGGAGCUGGAGCGGCAGGAGCGGCGCGACGCGGCGGCGGUGGCGCAGCAGUGGUGGGAGCCGUUCCAGUUCCGCCUGGCGCACGAGCUGGUGGACGACCGCGACGGCUCCGUGUUCGGCGCCGUCUUCGAGCGCGACCACCAAGCCAGCCCGACCCCGACCCCGAGCGGCGCGCCCAGCGCCGUCGUCGCGUUCCGCGGCGCGCUGCUGCGCGCCCCCACCAUCCGCCGCGACGUCGAGGACCGGCUCCGCCUGCUGGCCCGGGACAGCCUCCGCGGCUCCGCGCGGCUCGCGCGCGCCGCGCAGGCGCUCAGCGCCACCGUCGACCGCUUCGGCUCCGAGAACGUCUGCGUCUGCGGCCACUCCCUGGGCGCCGGCUUCGCGCGCCAGGUCGUCCGGAUGCUCGUGGCCUCCUCGCCGCGCCAGCAGCAGCAGCAGCAGCAGCAGGCCGCCGCGGCGUCCCUCGAGUACCACCUCUUCAACGCGCCCUACCUGUCGCUGCCCAUGGGCGUCAGGGGCGUGCUCAGGACGGCGGACUGCCUGCUCAAGGCGCUCCGCUCCGGCGUCGCCAAGUGGCGCGGCAAGGCGCUCCGGAACGUGGCCUACGCCAACUGCAUCCUCGGCUACACCAGGCUCGAGAGCACCAGGAAGUUGUGAAGGAUCGGAUGCGCGAUGCCUCCCUCCACACCUCGAAUCCUCUACGACGCUGACUCGAACGGUUCAACCGUCCCCCGCCCGCGAACCAAACUGUACCUAUGGAAUGCGAAUGCGAGCCCCGUGUGUGUGAUCGAUUACCUUGUAGUACAAACUAGAAACAAGUUAGAAAUUAAUUCAAUUCUAGCAGGAGUCGAAUAAUUAAGCUUCCGGCGGCGACCGGAGGAUGCAAGGCUUUGCAUGCAUGCUUUGCUUUGUACAAAUCUUCAAAUGUGAAUUAUGCCAGUUAUAUAGCAUAGCAUUGUUCUCCAUU